AUUGCGAUCUAAAUGGAUAGACGUUUGGGUCUCUUACGCGUCCAUGUUAAACGCGGUAUUAAUCUUGCCAUUCGCGAUAUGAUCAGCAGCGAUCCUUAUGCUGUAGUUGAAUUGGGUAAUCAGAAAGUAAAGACUCACGUAGUGAGAAAAGACAUAAAUCCCAAGUGGAAUGAAUAUUUAACUCUUUCCAUCUCAGAUUUCAAUGUCCCAAUCAAGUUGACGGUGUAUGAUCACGACACUUUUAGUAAAGACGACAAAAUGGGAGAUGCAGUUUUCGAUAUAAAAGAGUUUGUGGAAUCCAUGAGGAUGGAUCUAAUAGGGCUCCCAGGAGGAACUGUGGUGACAAGAGUGCAACCGUCGAGACAAAACUGUCUUGCAAAAGAAAGUUGCAUUAGUUGGACCUCGGAAGGAAAAGUAUAUCAAGACAUGGUACUUAGGUUGAGGAAUGUCGAAUGUGGCGAAGUUGAACUCUCCCUUAAUUGGAUUGAUCUACCUGGUGCUAGGGGCAUUUGGUAA